UAGCCGCUCCAACUCCAAGCCCCAAAUUUUCCUCAACAAAUUCAAAAUCCCCAACUGAUAUCCCUCUCUCAGCACAGCACAAAAUGGUUAAAUCCAAAAAAUCCUUUUCAAAUCUCCAUUUAUGAUAUCUCUCCUUCAGGCCAACGCACUAUUUCAUCCGUAUCUUCUAUCCGGCUCGGCGGAACCCUACACCAGGUGGCGGCCGACGGCAAGGCAAUUUCUCCGGCCUCAUUCAAAACCCUAUGUAUAAAUAAAACCCUAGCUACUCUCAUUGUUAACAUGGCCGGGGGACCGAUUCGGGAGCAAGCUCUACCGCUACUCGCAGCCGCUAAUAACCACGGUGAUUUGACAGUAAAGCUAUCUUCGUUGAAGCAACUGAAAGAUAUACUGUUAUCAGCUGAGCCAUCACAGGUUGCUGAGCUUUUCCCUUAUUUAAUAGACCUUAAGUCAUCGCCCCAAAGUCUCGUUCGCAAAUGCCUCAUUGAGGUAAUUGAGGUGGUUGGGAUGAAAGCAAAAGAGCAUUCAUUGGUGUUAAUGCCCGUGUUAUUCGCAUGUUUAAAAGAUACAAGUUCCAUGGUGACAAAGCAAUCAAUUAUAUCUGGCAUGAAAAUCUAUUGUGGCGUGUUGGAGGAAUUAUCAUAUCAGUUUUACCGGCAUGGUAUAGUUGAGAGGUGGCUUGAUGAGCUAUGGACAUGGAUGGUCAAGUUCAAGGAUGCUGUCUUUGGCUUUCUUUUUGAGGCAGGCCCAAUUGGUACAAAACUGCUGGCAUUGAAGUUUCUCGAAACGUAUAUUUUACUUUUCACACCGGAUACAAAUGAUUCUGAAAAGUAUGUAGCACAAGCUAAGCAUGGAUGGAGUUUUAAUAUUUCAUGGGUAGUUGGUCAUCACCCUGUUCUUGAUCCGGCUGUUCUUACAUCAGAUGCCAAAAAUACUGUUGGCACUCUAUUGGAUUUAUUGCGCUCAGCUAGUUCUCUUCCUGGUUUACUAACUAUUUCUGUAAUUAAUAGUUUGGCAGUUAUAGCAAGGAGGCGACCUAUCCAUUAUAACCACAUUUUUUCACCAUUGCUUGAUUUCGAUCCAAACUUUGAGAUGACAAAGGGUGGACAUGCUGCCAGCAUUCGGUAUUCUCUGAGAACUGCCUUUCUAGGAUUUUUGAGGUGUACACAUCCUGCCAUUUUGGAGUCGAGAGAAAGAUUGUUAAAAUCAUUGCGAGCAAUGAAUGCUGGUGAUGCUGCUGAUCAAGUUCUUCGGCAACUCGAUAAAAUGAUGAGAAAUAAUGAGCGAGCCUCACGUGAUUCUAGAUUGAUCAAGGAUGAGCAGUCAUCAAACCACUUGCCCGUUUUAGGUGAUCCAACAAAGAAGAGGUCGACUCCAUUAGAUAAGGAAGAUCCAUCUAAUAACUAUGAUUCAACUUCAAAAAGGGUUCACUAUGGCCCUAACAAUCACAUAGCUCCACCAGUUGAGAGAAAUGAUUCUGGAAAGGAAUAUGUCAACGGGGUGAACCCAAUGGUUGAACAAAUAAUUGGCAUGAUUGGUGCUUUGCUUGCAGAAGGAGAAAGGGGUGCCACGUCUCUUGAAGUUCUAAUAUCCGAGCUUCCUCCUGAUUUGUUGGCUGAUAUAGUCAUAACUAAUAUGAAGCACUUGCCUAAAAAUCCCCCACCUUUAGCACGACUUGGAAGCUUGUCAUUAUCUCGGUCAAGUGAUUCUAGUAAUCUAUCCCAGGUUAUGGCACCAAUAGAUUCCUCAUUAGCCACACAGGCUUGGGUUCCUGGAUCCCAGACACCCACCUCUUUAUCAACUGCCACUAGCACUUCAUUAUUAGAAAUGUCUGCUUCCACAAGUCUCCCUUCAGAUUCGAAACGUGAUCCUAGGAGGGAUCCACGGCGCCUUGACCCAAGGCGUGCAGCUGUGGCUGUUGAAAUAUCAUCAACUCUCGUUGCAGAAGAUAAUACAAGUGCUAUGCAAUCUCCAAUGCUGCAAUCUGAAAUGAAUCCUUCUAGUUCAUCUAAUAUUGACAUUGCAGUACCCCUGGUGUCAAAUUCUGAAUGUAUGCCGACUGUGUAUCCCAAGAUGGAAACUAACUCUAUCACUGCUGAAAGUUCACCGACACCAGGAGCCAGUCUGUCAGCUCCCAAGGAGGAAGUUCAUGAUGAUGACCUAAAUGAAGCUAUUCCUGAUGACAAGAUGGAUGCUGCGAUACAUGUUCCACUAUCAUCUCCUGGCAAAGUAGAACAGGAAUUGGUGCCAGAAGUUCCAUCUGAAGUUGGAGUGACAGAUGAAAUUUACUCUCCAUUGCUAGAAACAGAUCAAUUUUCUCCCCCUAUUUCAACUGCUGCAACCCCUGAAGAUGCAUGUGCGGAGUUGCCUGAGCUUCCGCCUUUCAUUGAGCUGACCCAUGAACAGCAAAGAAAUAUGGGAAAACUGGUUGUUGAACAGAUUAUUGACUCGUUCAAAAAAUUAAAAGAGACAGACAACAAGCAUACAGGAAUGGCAUUACUUUCUCGGUUGGUUGCCCAGAUUGAUGCUGAUGCUGAUGUAGUUGUGAUGAUGCGAAGGCUUAUUUUCUCAGACAACCAGCACCAGAAGGUACAUGAGCUUGCAAUGCAUGUACUUUAUCAUUUGCACUAUCUCAUGUUGUCGGAUUCAGAUGAAAACUCUUCACCUGCUGCUGCGCUAUAUGAGAAGUUUCUCCUCACUGUGGCAAAAUCAUUGCUAGAUUCUUUACCAGCAAACGACAAGUCAUUUAGUAGGCUCCUUGGUGAAGUUCCAUAUUUACCUGAAUCUAUGAUGAGACUGCUAGUUGAUUUAUGCUCUGAAAAUUGUCUUGGGCAAUAUGGCCGUGAUGGUGACCGUGUAACUCAGGGCCUUGGUGCAGUUUGGAGUUUAAUUUUGGGGCGUCCGCCUAAUCGUCAAGCAUGCCUGGAUAUAGCUUUGAAGUGUGCAAUUCACCCUAAGGACGAUGUCAGAGCAAAAGCUAUUCGCCUGGUGGCAAACAAACUUUAUGUGCUUGGUGACAUUUCAGAUAGCAUCGAGCAGUUUGCUAAGAAUAUGUUCUUGUCAGCUGUAGACCAGCAUGUUACAGAUACAGAAUAUUCCCGGUCUGGAACCUCGGUUCAGAGAACAGGAGAGACAGGAAAUCAAGAAGCCUCAGUUAGUGGUUCUCAGAUUUCAGAGCCUGGAUUGUCUGAAAAUGAUUCAGUUAAGAGUGCAGUAUCUGAUUCUCAAGUUGAUUCAGAAUUGUCAUUGGCUCAAGCGCAGCGUCUUAUCUCAUUAUUUUUUGCUCUAUGCACCAAGAAAUUCAGUCUUCUCCACCUUGUAUUUGAUAACUAUGCACGUGCUCCUAAGGCAGUUAAGCAGGCUGUUCACCGUCAUAUGCCUGUUCUUAUUAGGGCUAUAGGCUCUUCGUGUUCUGAACUGCUUCAUAUAAUAUCUGAUCCACCUCAAGGCUGUGAAAAUCUUUUGACACAGGUGCUUCAUAUUCUCUCUGAAGGGACAACUCCUCCGCCCGACCUAGUUGCAGUUGUCAAGCGGUUAUAUGAAACUAAACUGAAGGAUGCAACUGUCCUUAUUCCAGUGCUCUCCUCAUUUUCUAAGAGUGAGGUUCUACCUAUUUUCCCAAGGCUUGUUGCUCUCCCACUGGAUAAGUUUCAGAUAGCCCUGGCUCGGAUAUUACAGGGUUCUGCCCAUACAGGUCCAGCACUGACCCCAGCAGAAGUGCUGGUUGCAAUACAUGACAUAAAUCCCGAGAGAGAUGGCCUUCCACUUAAAAAGAUAACAGAUGCUUGCUCAGCUUGUUUUGAGCAGCGUACUGUUUUCACGCAACAGGUCCUGGCAAAAGCCUUGAGACAGAUGGUUGAUCAGACUCCUCUCCCACUGCUCUUCAUGAGGACAGUGAUUCAGGCCAUCGACGCCUUUCCUACUCUGGUUGAUUUUGUGAUGGAGAUACUCUCCAAACUCGUGAUUAGACAGGUAUGGAGGAUGCCAAAGCUUUGGGUGGGUUUCCUAAAAUGUGUCUCGCAAACACAACCACAUUCCUUUCCUGUGCUACUACAGUUGCCGCCACCACAGCUUGAUAGUGCCCUAAACAAAUAUGCUAAUCUCCGAAGUCCAUUGGCUGCCUUCGCAAAUCAGCCAAACGUCAAAAAUUCACUUCCUAGAUCAACCUUGGUACAACUUGGUCUUUUAAAUGAAUCAAAUUUGCGGCAACCACAUCUCUCAUCUUCUAUGCAUGCCUCAGAGACAGGCUCUUCUGUCCAUGGAACUACACUAACAUGAUAGUGCAACUUCUGCCAGCUGAGGAAAGAAGCAGCAAAGUACUACAUGGAUGAGGCAGCUUGACUAGUGCAGCAGCCCUUAUUGCAACAUAGUGCCACAGUUCGCCAGGGUUAUGUAAAUUACGGCUCAUAUCUCUGCUCUCCAGUAGUUGCACAAUCUGCUGACGACAAGAUGGCACAUGGAGAUGAAGUUCCCAAAAAUUUUGGGGGAGAAAUCUCUCUUCGGAGAUUGUAUCAUAAAUGUAGUCAAUUUCCCUUGCUGUUUCCUCUAUUAUGUUGCUCUCCGCCUGCAGUCAUUAUUUGCCGGGCAGCAAUUUGUGUUUUAUGGUAUUAGCAUAGCUGGUAGGUCAGGUUCUUUUUAAUCUUGUGUGAGAGGGAGGUGAGAAGCAAGUGUGUAAUUGUAUUCCUUCAUUUAUUAGCCCCUACCCACUUCCCCGAUACCCCCCCCCCCUCCCCAACAAAGGGCUCUGCUAAAGAAAUAAUUAAAAAGGAAAAAUUGACACUUUCUUCCGAGUUACCUAAAGGAAAAUUAAGAAGAAAAAACAAAGUUGAUUGGCGAAUGGGAAGCAAAUUUGGGGCUUCUUUGGCCAUCCAUUCGAUCAACCUAUGGUUUGGUUAUUUGAGCCUUAACAUGGUAUGAACCGAUUUUUGCCCGUGAGAGACUGGGACUGUAAACUGUUGAGCUCCCGUAGGUUGUAAUUUAAGUUAGAUUGACAGCGUUCCUCUAUCAGCCUUGGGCUUGUGUAAGACUAACAUUUUGAGUUUUUACACACUCCGUCCUCUAUAUUUGUAAGAACUUUAA